GUUGUCUCCAUAUUUACCACAGGUGCGCCACAUUAGCCUACCGCACAGGCCCUUAGGCUACCCAACGUGAAUCACGUGAAGUUGAACAAAAUGGCAAGGAAUGAUAUUGAUGGAGCGUCUCUUGUCGCUGACCUCACGUCUAAAUAUGCCAAGAAACCCUGGAACGAAACAUUUCACCUUCUUCGUCGCUGCAUGGGUAACGUCAAAGUGGAUUCUACUUUCUGCACGCACAUUGGCAUUUGUCUUCAAAGACUACAGAACGCUCAGAAUGUAUCCUCUCUAAGUUCCCUGGUGUCCAGUUUGGAAGCAAUUGCUGAACGGAAUGGGUUAGCGUCUCACCUGAGUCCUACUGAGACCGCCUGCUACCUCACAGCAGAUCUCUUCUACUUGGAGGUGUUGCUGAAACCAGACGGGGGGUUGGAGGAUGUUAAAGUGGCCCUGCACGGGGAAGCCCCAGUGUCUAGUGAGUUGCUGCUCCAGCUAUUGAGGCAGAGAAGGUUCGAGGCCUUCUCCACAAAGCUGAAAGACCUCUCAUCUCGUUACAAUGUACCCGGAGACAAUGAUGCAAAGAUUAAGGUAUGUACAGCCCUGCAGUUUUUGGAGAAGGACUUGCUAACCAUGUCAGACAUAGUCAGAUCAUCUGUAGGAAAGGAUGCCCACAUUGACACAGUUGUGAACGGGAAAGUUGGACUUAUUACUGCAAGUGGCCCAGAGAUCCCUAUGAAGAUCCAGUAUUUGAUCAGUCCGUCAGACUUGCUGUUACAGAAACACCGUGCAGAUGUAGAUGGACUUACUCAGACUGCUUUGGUGAUGCUUGGGUCAAGUAGAGUGACACACCAACUACAAUUGGCACCUCUAAUUCCAUCUCCUUUACAGAUUGACGCCCAGGGCCUUCCCGUGUUUAAUGACCUCUCAGACGUGGCGUCUGAGUCCCUGCCAGCCCAUUUCAUACUCAGCCUGAAGCCACCUGUGGUGGUCUCCUCUUCCAUCAUCCAUCGCAUCGAACAAAUUUCAGAUGUAGGACCUUUGGCUGACCAGCAGAGGGAGUCAGUGAUGCGACUGCUGAGGAGAAGUGCAGCAGCAGGAGGAGAAUUUUGCCAUGGCUCCUGGAAUAGCAUGGAAGAAGAGGCAGACUACUUAGUGACUCUCCGAAGUAAACAGGUGCAGAGGUACGUGCUGGUGGAGUCGUCUGCACAAACUGAGGGAUCAUGGGAAGGGGCCUUGAUUGACAGCAUCCCCUUCACCCAUCCGGCUCAUGUGCCUCCCCUGCUGCAGUUGCUACGACAACAAUCGACUCUCAAUAUUCUUCUUGCCAGCUGCAUCACAGGGCAUCAGCACCACACAGGAAUGCCAUGUGACCUGUACUGUGAGGUUAUCCCGCAGUCAGAGAUGAGUUUCUCUGUCACGUUUUUGCAACCUGGUGCAAGUUCUCUGUCAGUUUUGGUGGUGACAGUGGUUGACUUUCUCCAAGUUCGCUGUCAGCUGUUUGCACCCCAGCUGCAGGAUGACUCCACGAAUGACUAUGUCUCCAGGGUGAUGACUCGAUGUAUGUCAGUCCCCAUCACCCUGUGGGCAGUAUGCAAGAGGUUACUUGGCCCAGUCUGCCCUGAAACUCCAAGUGUUGGUACUGAUGAAGUCAACGCAUCUCCCGAUGAGGCCAUGGACACUGCGGCCGUGAUGGACACAACAGAUACAAAUGAUCAAACAACCUUCUCACCAGAAAUGACAAGUGUGAAAGAGGAGAGUCCAUGUCUACCCGUUACCCAGAAUGCACCUGAGGAGGAGGAGGAGGAGGAAGAGGAGGAGGAGGAGCAUCCAGAGCAGGUUGCGGAGGGGGAUGCCUCCCCUGAUUGCUAUGUGGUGUCUGUCUCCUCAGUUCAGGAGGAAAUGAAUGAUGAUGUAAAUAAUACAGAUGCUGGUGCUGCUGAUGCUGCUGAGCACUAUCCCUUGUCUUCCGCGUAUGUCUUUCCACCAUGUUGGCCAGCCAAAGGGCCUGUGGCGGAGCCUGUUUGACCGUGUGGGUGCGUGCGUGCAUGCUAUAUUCACACUGAGCUUUGUGAUGGUUGCACUGUGUGUUUGUGUGUGUGUGUGUGUGUGUGUGUGUGUGUCUGUGUGUGUGUGUGUCCUGUGGUUAGAGGGGGUGUUGCAUGAAGUGGGUCUGAUUUCUGCAUAAGUCUAAUGCUGCCUGAUUGAAAACCCAGUGUUGGAGGUGCUAUUAGGAGAAUGACCCUAAAGGGACUUUUAUACUACCAGCCAGGUUCAGCACCUACUCUGGGUGAACUAAACUGAGAUCAUCUCUAAAGAAUGUUCUUGUAAUACCUCUGAAAGAUGCCCCUGUAAUUGUGCCAGAUGUUUUUAAGUGAAAAUGAUUUAAAUAAAGACAGUGAUUUGGUGUA